AACAACAACAACAACAACAACAACAACAAACAACUUGAGUCCACUUUGGAGCGGCGGCCGAGCAAUUGCACUGAACGACUGAGAUACUCUGAAGUAUCACUAUGGGCUACUGGACAGGUCCAAUCUGGUAGGAGAAGAUAAGACUGGAGACGAAGGUGUUGAAGAGCAUCAGAGUGGAGGGAAUGGGCUGACUCAGGGAAGAAAGGUGCCCUUUCUCUUCCUGCACCAUGUCUGUUCAAGGCUGGAUUCCACAUAGGACAGUGGCUGGAGCUUUGUGAAGAUGAAAAGAACCUUGGAUCCCGAGGCUGCAGAAUGAAGGGAGACUGUGAGAGUGGCAACAGGAACAAAGACGAUGCCUCAUCUCUUCCGGCCCAAAUUCCCGUUGGAUGGCAGAGGAAGGUGGAGGACGGAAUUGUGACAUACCUCAGCCCCAGCGGUGCAGUCCUGUGUUCGGUGGAGGAAGCAGCCACAUACCUUCUUACGGAAGGCACCUGUAAGUGUGGUUUGGAAUGUCCUCUGGUCCUGCACAAGGUGUUCAACUUUGACCCCGGGAUACUGGUUCCUCAGCGGAGGCAGCAAAUGGGAAAGAUAGAGGGAGACAUGACAAAGCUAUGCAACCACCGUCGGAAAGUGGUCGCCAUGGCAACAUUGUGCCAGAGCAUGCAUACCUCCCUGUCACCUCCGUCUUGCCACCACACAGUGGACGGCCUCAGCAGGUCACAUCCUUCAGAGGAAUUUGCUUUGAUCCAUGUACCUGGAGAUAUGGAGGCCAGCACUGUCCACAAUGGAAGCCUGCCAUUUCAGGAUCUCAAGAGCCACAUUAUAGGAGUACUGGGACAACUGUCCACUUCUACCUCUGUCUCUUUGGUGGAGAAUACCUCGGUGGUCAGACUGAGUGAGAUUUCCCACCAGAACAGCAAUGAUGCCGGACCCUUUCUGUCGGUGUCCCUUCAGAGCUUCACAGAGACGAAGCUGCCAGACACAGGGCCAAGUCCCACUUCACCAUCUGUACCUCCCAAACCCAUCAGCAUCAUUCCCCGCCCGACCUCAGAUCGGCUUCUGCACCUGCUCCCUGCCACACCUGGGUCGCCCCAUUUUCUGGAGCCCCUCCCGGUGGGCCUGGGAGCCGGGGGGCAGCACACACAGCCACCACAAGGGAAUUCCAUGCCGUUCCUGUUGGGACCCGAGAACCUUCCAGUGAAUUGCUUGAGUCUUCUGAACCCUUUAUCUGCUUCUGGCCAAGGAGGAGAGGUAUGUGAGAAACCAGGACUCCAAGCUCUUCUCCUAGCUUCUCUGUUGCUCAGCCAGCAGCUGGCCACCCCCUUGUUGCUCCCAGAUCUUCUCCCUCAGCAGCAGCUCCCAAACUUGGAGGAUGAGCUAAUUUUGGAUAAAGUGCCAGAACCCCUGGAUUCCCUGCUAUCAAGCCUUGGUCUCCUAGAGGCCCUAGAGGGCCUUUGUCCUUCCAUAGAGAAAGUGCUGAAUUCUCUGAGUUUGAUGGCAGAGGGAGCUGUCCAGGCUCUGCAGGGAGUACGUCCCCUAUCAGACAGUACUCUCCAAGCUCUGCAGGCACUUGUCCUCCCCAGCCCUUUUGUCCCCGCUGGACCUGCCCUCUUGAAUGGUCCCUCUGCCCCUGCUGUUUCCCAAGCUGAGGACCAGGCGACGUUCUCUCCAGUCCCAGAAAUUGAUGAAGACACAACGAACAAGAACAGUUCCCCAGCCCAACAAUUUCUGCCCUCUCUGCUGGCUUCUGGGGUUCUGGGUAACCUCACAGCCUUGAGUACUGUAAACAACUUUGACAGUCUGCUAGGUUCAGGACCACUGCUGUUGCCCCCCAUGCCAACCACUGCAAUGGAACUGCCUCCCGCAUCAAGAUCUGCACUGAGUGUGUCUCUUCUAGAAGCCCAGGCUGCUGAAAUCAAUCCUGCUACCUGUAUUGUUAACAAUAUACAGCUCGGUGCGAUUCCCUCAUCUGCAAUGGAAGUAGAAAAGCCCGUAAGCUCGCUGGGGCCACUUAGCUUUGCAUCUCAGCAGGAUGUUUCAACCAAUAACUUGAGUCAGGAGGCUGUGGAAAACCCUCACCGUGAUCUGGGACCCAUUCAGCAGCAGAUGGAGGCCAAAGGGGGAUCAUUCAACCCCUACAUCUCUUUUAUGGAUACCAUUUACGAGUCAUUCCUCCAGGUGAGCAACAAGAACACUGAGGGAGGAGCAGCCCAGGCCACACCACCUCCUCUGCUACCACAGCCCAGUGCACCCAUGUCCCUCAGCCCACUUAGGGCCUUCUUCCUUCGGAACACUGACCUGUCCCAGCUGAGCAUGGAAGUAGCCCAGUCGCCAACCCCUGGCACACCCAAGCCCAGUGAGGUGGACCCCUCCCACCUGUCUCAAUCCACACUGCACUGACUUUGGAUCCUGUGGGAUGAGGUCAAUGGCACCAGAGAAGGCAUAAUACAAUGCAAGGUCUACAGAUAACAGGUGGUAGAAGAGGAAGGAAGAGAAGACAGACUGAUGUGAGGUAGCAGCGUCACUCCCAUGCCAGGUGACAUCAGGUUUUACAUCAGGCUACAGAGGGAACCUACCAACUCUAGACAUCACCAAUGAGAUAACAGGCCAAUACAGACCCAUGGUGGUGCAGCAGAAAUCUGAGAGAAUCAUCAAGAGGAAGAGUCUUCGCUUUGCAGCUGUAGUGGCCCAGCCGGUCCGACAACAGUCUUCAGCAGUUCCGAGGAGAUGUGGAGACACUCACUAAGCCAGAGCAUUAUCGUUCAGACCUGCUAAUCAGUUCCUUCGCGCUGGUCUCUCUUCUCGCUUCUCAUAUUCCCAAGCAGUGACUUCACCCAACCAGCAUCAUCAUGUCAGAGAAGAGUAUCAGGUGUCCCAGUUGAAAGUUCAGUCAGCAAAUGGAUCACCUUGCUGCUGGGCUUCGUAAGAGCACGAUGUCAUACAUCACUGCCAUUUCUGAGCCGUUCUUUUAAGGUUACCGUGUUACAGGUGGUGUUGCUAUAAUGACAGUUACUGCCACACAGCCACCAAUGGACACAUUUGUGCUGGUCCACAGAUGAGUCCUAUAAACCCUUUUGGUGAACGGAGGAGUCACCGCUCUGCUCUUUACUAUGGCAUGAGGAAAAGCAGCUUUUUCCUGGUUCUACAGCAGCGGUACUCCAUCCUUUGUGUUGAGCCAGAUGUGCAGAAGGGACCUUUAUUAAACAUACGUGUGUAAAGCUGCUCCUUUUCCUAUUUGGAAAUGGUCUUUGUUGCCUGUGGCAACUUUUCGGAUUAGACCUAAAACAGAGGACCUACCUGGUAUAUACCUAUUUACAGCUUAAAAAAAAAGAUUUUAUAGAGAAUAUGAAGCAUGUACCAUUUUUACUGUGAGUUUAUAUACUGUAAUUGAUUUUGUGUAAUUUGAGAAAAAAAAAGCGAUACCGAUUUCUCUGUACUUUUUAAUAGAGCCGUGUUCCUUUUUUUGUAUGGCACUUAAUUUCAAUUAAAAUAUUUUUAAA